AUGGAACCAAUUAUUAUCAAAAGUUCACAAAUUUCUAUCUCGCCCCAAAAACUGAAUUUGGUGGCCGGAAUAAUCCGCAAAAAAGAGUUAGACUACUCGUUAAAAUUACUGGAAUUUUUGCCAAAAAAAGGUGGUCGAAUACUUUAUAAAAUAUUAGCCGGGGCCGCUAAAAGUUUAGAAAAAAACAAAGAGGAGACAACCAAUUACUAUCUUGACAAAAUCGAAGUAAAUCGUGGCAAAAUACAAAAAAAGGUAAUCUAUCGGGCUAAGGAAAUCAGUUUAGUGCUGGGCGAGGAUAAUACCAAAAUAAAUUCAGUAAUGAAAGGCAUUUACCAAAUAAUUAAUGAUGAUAAAGUUGCCGUUAAAAUAAACCUAAUUGAAGUAAAAAGAAUUUAUUCUCAUGCUCAAUCAAUCGCUAACUUAAUUGCUGGUCAGUUGAAAAAACGAAUGCGCUCUCGUAUGGUUAUAAAAACCUUACUAACAAAAUUGUCCGCUGAAAGAGACGUGAAAGGAGUAAAAAUUGAAGUUAGUGGUCGCCUAGACGAAUCAGAUAUUGCCCAAACUAAAAAAAUCGUGCAAGGAAAAAUGCCACUCAGUACUAUCGAUAGCAACAUUGAUGUUGGAAGAACCGAAGUAGCGACUAGUUAUGGAAAAAUUGGUCAUGUGAAGGGAAACAGUAAAAUUAAUUAUGGAGAAUUUGGCUUGCAAGCCCAAGAAGGAGCCUAUAUUAGCAAUCGAGUAAUCGAAGCAAGCCGAAAACCUCUAGAAGUGAGAAUGGGUUCCGGCAAAGGUUCUGUGGAAAGACUACCAAAAAGCACUUCCUAUGAAGUUCUAAAAAGAGCUAGUUAUAAAUUACCUAUUCGCUGCAAAAGUAAGAAAAAAAUUCAGGCUCAUAAUGAAGAAUACGAAUUGCAAUUAGGCGAUAAAGUGAUAAUUAAAAGCAGUCGUCCUUAUUCAGCAACCAAAAGAUUUUUAGUAAUCAAAAAGGAAGAAAAAGAGGGAGUUGAUUUUGAGGAAGUUAUUAUCAAAGAUAAGAAUUGUAAAGUUGGACACUUUAAAAUUAUUUCUUCUCGUUUAAAGGAAUUUUGCCGAAGUAGAUUUAAUUUUCCACUUGGUGUUGACGAUUAUUUGGAUUAUACCAAGGAAGGAGAAGACCAUGAGAAUAUUUCUUCUCUUCUCAGAAACAAUUUGAGGAAUGAAGAAAAAAAAACCCCGACAAUCGUUGAGAUAGUCCGGAGGAAAAAAAUCCUGAAAAUUGUUCGGUUUGCGGAUGGAUAUUCAAUGAAACUUUCCAAGCCUUUUGCCCUCGCUCAUUUUCACCCCGAAUGUGCGAAAAAAUACCAUUUUUCUAAUAAUGCUGCUCAACCAGUUUCUCCCGCAACAAAAAAAAAAAUCUUGCGAAACCUUGAUAAAAUAAGUUUCGAUCAAGCGGGACAUUUGGCUAAUGCAGAAUUAUUAAAAAAUCCUCAUUACUAUGGAACUACUAGAAAAAGAGAAUUGGGAAUUUAUCUUUAUCAAACAAAAAUAGAGGAUGAGGAAAUAAAUUUACUGAAAUUCGAUAGAGAGGAAAACAAAAAAGAUUAUUUAGAAAUUAGAAACGCAAUAGUUAACAAUAUUAAACAAAAUAUUUUGGACUGA